AUGCCCGCAUCUGAAGCCGAAACCAAAGAGGCUUUCGCCCUGUUCGAUAAGAAGGGCACCGGAACUAUCAGUCGUGAAUGUUUGGGCGAUCUUCUCAGAGCGCUCGGUCAGAAUCCCACUCAAGCCGAGGUUGCCGAACUAGCCUCCUGCGCGCCGGCUGACAUUGACUUUCCGACCUUCUCGUCAAUCCUCAAUCGACCGGGAGGGUUUUCUCCUGCGGGUACGGCUGAAGACUUCAUACGCGGUUUUCGAGUAUUCGAUAAGGAUGGAAACGGGUACAUUGGAGCUGGCGAACUUCGAUACGUCUUGACGAGCUUAGGAGAAAAACUGACUGAUGCAGAAGUGGACGAGCUGAUGAAAGGUGUCCAGAUCGGAGGUGAUGGCAACAUCGAUUACGAAAAAUUCGUCAGGAGCAUUCUGCAGCAAUGA